AUGCCCAGCAUCAUCGUGGCGGCCAUCGUGUCCACCCUCUUCGAGAAUGCAGCCAGCUUCCACGCGCAGGUGAGCCGACAGGUGCUGCAGCUGGUGAUGUUCGUGAACUCCAGCGCGGAGACAGCGAGCGAGCUGCAAUCCACAGAGCUGCCCACCACCACGCAGGUCAGCGCUGCGCUCACGAGCACCACCAGGUGGACCUCCACCACGGCCACCACAACCACAGCCACCACAGCCACCACAGCCACCACGGGACAUGAGGUGACGGAGCACCGGUGGUUGGAGAACACCUUCCCCGCCAAGGCCGCCCGCUCGAAGAUCCCCUGCCCCACAGAGGCGUCCGUCACCGCGUGGAACGGCCGCCUGGGGAAUCACCUCCAGCAGGUGAUGAACGUCCUGGCCUUUGCACAGCUCUGUGGGGUGGAAAGCUUGCAGUUUCCUGCACAUCAGAAUAACACCCAUCACUACAGUCACCAGAUCGGCUUGCUGGAGAUGCCGCGGCAGAUGCAGCUCUCCCCGGAGGGCGGUGAUCGCGGUGGCGGUGCCAUGGUGCCGAAGGGCUGUCCCCACCACUGGCACCAUCCCUGGUUCGGGAACCGCUGCCGAGGUGUUCCGAUGUGGUUCUACCGUCGGUUGAGCCUGGAGCAUGUGCGGCCUUACCUUGGUGAAUACAUUUCCAGCUGCUUGAGCCGUCCUGAGGAUCCGGAGGAGAACCUACUCACCAUCCACAUUCGCGGCGACGACGUCCAGAAGUACCCGGAGUACAUGUGGGCCCAGCCGCCCUGCAGCAUGUACGAGAAGAUCAUCCUGGACAACAACUUCACAGAGAUCCUCUUGGUGCAGAAAGGGAACACCACUUGCUCCGAGCCGCUCCUGGCCUUCGCCAAGAGUCGCGGCAUCCGGGUGCGCAGCCCCCAGGAGCACGAUGGCUCGGGGGUGCCGCCGCAUCUGGCGCUGUGGAUGCGGGCCACGAAGAACAUGGCGGAGGACUUCUGCAUGCUGAUGCGUGCCAGGCACCUGGUGCUGUCCUUCUCCACCUUCGCGCUCUCUGCGGCGCUGCUGAGCACCACGGUCCGGACCUUGUACCGGAGGCGAGAGGCCCCCUGGGACUCCUUGCUCUACAGCCCGGCGAAUUGCAACGUUUGGCAGGGGGUGACGCUCUUCGACUACGGCUUCAAGGUGCCCGACCCCCGGAGCCGCCAGCGGAAUGCAUCCGAGCAAUGGCUCAAAGGCUAUGCCCUCAGCGACGUGGCGGGCCCAAAGGUUUGCGGCUACGGCAGCAAGAUGGACCCGCUGUAG